AUGGCGUUGGAAAAGAAGAAAUAUGAAACCCUUCAGAGGGAAGAGUCUGAUGAAGUCUCCCUUCCAAAAACCUCCAGAGAGCUGGAAAUCCCUACCCCACCUUGUGAAUUCAAAGGAGACCAUCUAAAGGAGUUAAACGAUUCCCAGCCCCAGAAUGAUGCUAGUCGACAAAACGAGAGUGAAAUGUUUGAUGUACCACUCACUUCCUUAACUCUAAGCAAUGAAGAGUCCCUGACAUGUAAAACAGAGAGUCUAAAGGAGGGAGAGGAGAUCAGAGCCUGUGCUGGGGAUGAUUCAGUCAAGCCAAAGGUCGAUCCUGGAGGCAAUGUCGGAACAAGAGUAGAACCCCCUGAGAGCAUUACAGAAAUGGAGGAAGAUAAACUGGUACAAUGUAGACCUUUGGAAAGCACACUGCAAUCUAAUGUUUCUUAUAUUCAGCAGGAAGUGGAAAAUUUGAAGGUCAGAGAUACUCAGAAUAGGAGAGAAGACAAAGAAGCCUUGGGUCUUUCUUCAGAGGUGCUACAAAAUGUUGGCUUGCAGAGUUCUUGUGAAGCCAAAGACAUUUUUCAGCCACCUAGAGUGAAAAAACUGUAUCCCCAGUUGCCAGCUGAAACUGCUGGGGAUAUACUGGCUUUGGUGGCAGUGAAACCCUUGCUUCGUAAUGAGCGACUCUACCCGGAGCUCCCAUCUCAACCAGAAGUAGUACCAUUUACUGAAGAACAGCUAAAAGUCUUUGAGCCUGGUUCAUGGCUGGAAAAUGUUGAGUCAUAUUUGGAAGAAUUUGACAGCAUGGCUCAUCAGGACAGGCAUGAAUUUUAUGAGUUGCUUUUGAACUACUCACGCUGUAGGAAGCAGCUGCUGCUGGCUGAAGCUGAGCUCCUUGCUCUGAUGUCUGAUUGCCAAAAUGCCAAAAGUCGACUAUGGCACUUCAAGGAGGAACAGUUGUCUGUACAGGGUAUCUGUGCUGAUCAAGUGAAAGUUUCAGGCCAUCAUCGCUACCAGAGAGUGGAGAUGAAUGAAAAUGCACUGGGAGAGCUAAAAAAACUGUUUGAUGCCAAAUCUGAGCACCUCCACCAGACCUUGGCGCUGCAUUCUUACACUUCUGUGCUCUCACGGUUGCAAGUGGAGUCUUACAUCUACACAUUACUCAAUAGUUUGGCUGUUCUGAGAUCUUUAGCAAUUCAUCAGGAAGGCCAAGCUUCUAAACAGGUAGAAAGCAUUCCCUCUGAUCUGUGUCAGCUAAAGGAGUGCAUUAGUGUCUUAUUCAUGUUCACCAGGAGAGUUAAUGAAGACACUCAGUUCCAUGACGAUAUUCUUCUCUGGCUGCAGAAAUUGGUAUCAGUGUUACAAAGAGUUGGCUGUCCUGGAGAUCACCUCUUCCUUCUAAACCAUAUUCUUCGAUGCCCGGCUGGUGUUAGUAAAUGGGCUGUUCCUUUCAUCCAGAUCAAAGUGUUGAAUAACCCAUCAGGGGUCUUUCAUUUUAUGCAGUCCCUUGCCCUGCUAAUGUCUCCUGUCAAAAAUCGAGCCGCGUUCCUGUGCCACAUGAAGCCCAGUGAGCGGAAUCCAUCCUCCUCGGGGCCUGCAUCUGGGACGUGGACACUAGUAGAUGAGGGAGGAGAAGAGGAUGAAGACCCUGAGACUAGUUGGAUUCUCCUUAAUGAAGAUGACUUGGUUAUCCUUCUAUCACAGUUCCCAUUUCAUGAACUCUUUCAACAUCUCCUUGGGUUUAAAGCAAAAGGUGAUUAUUUACCUGAAACAACAAUACCUCAAGAGAUGAUGAAAAUUUUUGCCUUUGCUAACUCCUUAGUGGAACUUCUGGCUGUGGGUUUAGAAACCUUCAAUAGAGCACGCUAUAGGCAGUUUGUCAAGCGAAUUGGUUAUUUGAUCAGGAUGAUCCUUGGUUAUGUGAGUGACCACUGGGCCCAGUAUGUGAGCCACAACCAAGGCUCGGGAUUGGCCCUGCAGCCCUACUCUGUGGAGAAACUACAGGUUGAGUUUGAUGAGCUCUUUUUGAGAGCUGUACUACAUGUGCUGAAAGCCAAAAGACUUGGCAUUUGGCUGUUUAUGUCGGAAAUGCCCUUCGGGACACUGUCUGUUCAGAUGCUCUGGAAGCUCUUCUAUCUCAUGCACCAGGUGGGGAGCGGGAAUCUGGAAAAGCUCUGUACUGCCCUCCUGCCUGCCGAGUGUAAGAAGCGCCUCCAAGACCCAGAACAUUUUGUGAACUUUGAGAAGUGUCUUUCUUCCAUGAAUAGCUCGGAAGAGAUUUGCCUUCUAACUACUUUUGCUCAGAUGGCUCAGGCCAGAAGAACCAAUGUGGAUGAAGACUUCAUAAAAAUUAUUGUUCUGGAGAUAUAUGAGGUAUCUUAUGUCACCCUGUCCACCAGAGAAACUUUUUCGAAGGUUGGUCGAGAGCUUUUAGGGGCCAUCACAGCUGUUCACCCUGAGAUAAUUUCUGUCCUUCUGGAUAGAGUUCAAGACACCAUUGACCAGGUUGGAAUGGUUUCUUUAUACUUGUUUAAAGAACUACCUUUGUAUCUUUGGCGACCUUCUGCCUCCGAGAUAGCUGUGAUUCGGGAUUGGUUAUUGAAUUAUAACCUGACAACGGUGAAGAAUAAAUUGGCCUGUGUUAUUCUAGAAGGACUAAAUUGGGGAUUUGGUGAACAGGGGACUCUUCACCUGGAUCACGCAGUCCACGCUGAAGUAGCUUUAGUGAUUCUUGAGGCGUACCAGAAGUACCUUGCACAGAAGCCGUAUGCUGGGUUUCUUUCUGAAAGUAUGAAGCAGGUUUCAUAUUUGGCCAGUAUUGUUCGAUAUGGAGAGACACCUGAGACCUCAUUUAACCAAUGGGCCUGGAACUUGAUCUUGAGGUUAAAACUGCACAAAAAUGAUUAUGGAAUACAGCAGAAUUGUGCAACUGUUCUGUUCUCCAGCACUGUGCCUGAAGUGACAGAGUCACCCACGUUUCAUCCUCUCUUGAAGGCUGUUAAGGCGGGCAUGCCCAUUGGCUGUUAUCUGGCCUUAGCUAUGACGGCCGUGGGCCACAGCAUUGAGAAGUUCUGUGCAGAAGGCAUCCCACUCUUGGGAAUCCUGGUCCAGUCGAGGCAUUUGAAAACAGUGGUCCAUGUCCUGGAUAAGAUUCUGCCUUUGUUCUACCCUUGCCAGUAUUACCUUCUAAAGAAUGAGCAGUUUCUGUCACACCUCCUCCUCUUCCUACACUUGGACAUCGGUGUCCCUCAGGGUGUCACGCAGCAGGUCACCCACAAGGUGGCACAGCACCUGACAGGAGCCAGCCAUGGAGACAACGUGAAGCUUCUCAACAGCAUGAUCCAGGCGCACAUGUCUGUUAGCACUCAGCUCAAUGAAGUGGGCCCGGUUGCCGUAUUGGAGUUCUGGGUUCAGGCUCUUAUAAGCCAACAUCUUUGGUACCGAGAACAACCCAUCCUCUUCCUCAUGGACCAUUUGUGUAAAACAGCUUUUCAGCUGAUGCAGGAAGACUGUGUGCAGAAAUUGCUCUACCAGCAACAUAAGAAUGCUUUGGGCUACCACUGUGACCGGAGUCUGCUCUCUUCUUUGGUGAGCUGGAUCGUGGCAGGCAACAUCACUCCUUCCUUUGUGGAGGGCUUGGCCACACCCACUCAGGUCUGGUUUGCAUGGACAGUCCUGAACAUGGAAUCCAUCUUUGAAGAAGACUCCCAGCUCCGAAGAGUUGUUGAAGGGGAAUUGGUUAUAAACUCUGCAUUUACCCCUGACCAAGCUCUGAAGAAAGCCCAGGCUCAGCUGAAACUCCCCAUCGUCCCGUCCCUCCAGAGGCUGCUGAUUUAUCGUUGGGCCCACCAGGCUCUCGUCACGCCUUCUGACCAUCCUCUUCUGCCACUCAUUUGGCAGAAGUUCUUCCUCCUGUAUCUUCACCGCCCAGGACCGCAAUAUGGGCUACCCGUAGAUGGUUGUAUUGGAAGAAGGUUUUUUCAAAGCCCUGCUCAUAUCAAUUUGCUAAAAGAAAUGAAGAGGCGUCUGACUGAGGUGGCUGACUUCCACCACGCUGCGAGCAAGGCCCUCCGAGUUCCAGCAGAGGGCAGUGAAGGGCUGCCAGCGACCCAGGCUGGCACCCCUGCUUACCUGACUUCACCAGAACUGCACACGGAGCUCGUGAGGCUCUUCAAUGUAUAUAUAUUAUGGCUAGAAGAUGAGAAUUUUCAAAAAGGAGAUAUGUAUAUCCCUUCUCUGCCAAAGCAUUAUGAUAUUCACAGGCUAGCAAAAGUGAUGCAGAAUCAGCAGGACCUGUGGAUGGAGUAUUUGAACAUGGAGCGCAUACAUUAUGAGUUUCAGGAAACCAUUAGUCUGUGGAUGCAGGCCAAGCUUGAGUCCCAUUCUACACCCUGCAGUUUGUCAGUGCCGCCGGACUUCACUGAUCCUUUGUUGGCUAAAGAAAGGGUUUUAAGUAACCUGCGGAAGCACGAGGACCCCCAACCUCCCCUUGUUCUGCAGCCAAUGAGGCCUCCUGUGCCAGUUAUUUCCUCAGCCUCGAUCCUGAGUCAGAAGGACGCCAUCCAGCUGGUACGCACAGACCUGAAUCUGCUGCGGCAGCAGGCCAGAACUGCAGCUCUUCGGGAAUCUCAGCAGGUUGUGCUGGACAGUGAGCUGUUGGACACAAUGCCCAAGCAGUAUGUUAAUCGAGAAGAACAGACCACACUGCAUUUGGAGUGUAGAGGCAGUAGUGGCAAGAAGUGCCAAGGAGCUGGAGUUGUAACAGUUCAGUUUGAAGGUUUGCAUAAGAAUGAAGCAAUAAGCCAACAGCUUCAUGUUUUGCAAAAAGAAGUGAAGCAGUUGCAAGCAGAAGCUGCUAAACCACCAUCACUUAAUAUUGUGGAAGCCGCUGUGCAUGCCGAAAACUUGAUUACGGCCUUAGUGAAUGCCUACCAGUCACACCCCACCCCUGGGGUUCAGAAGGUUGGCAUCAGCCUCUUCUUUACUGUUGUGGAUUAUGUCAGCGAUGAGACCCAGCGUCAUCCUCCCACAAGGCAGUUCUUUACUUCAUGCAUUGAGAUCUUGGGACAGGUGUUUAUAAGUGGCACUAAAUCAGAAUGCAGAAAAGUCCUUCAGACCAUUCUGAAGAACAGAAGGCUCUGCUCUCUCCUGUCUCCUUUCUUUACUCCCAACGCUACGCCUGCGGAGUUCAUACAGCUGUAUGAGAAAGUGGUGCAGUUUCUGAGUGAGGACAACAGUGAUAUGAUUUUCAUGCUGCUGACCAAGUUCGAUCUUAAGCAAUGGUUAAACGCCACUAAACCUCCUCUGUCUGAUCGUACCAGGCUUCUGGAGUCCAUUCAUUUGGCACUUACUGCCUGGGGCCUUGAACCAGAUGAAGAUAUUUUGAUGCCAUUUAAUCUUUUUUGUAAGCACUGGACUUACCUUCUUCUCUACCAGUUCCCUGACCAGUACAGUGACAUUCUGAGGCUGCUGAUGCAAAGCUCUGCUGAGCAGCUGCUGAGCCCCGAGUGUUGGAAAGCCACCCUAAGAGCCCUGGGCUGCUGCGCCCCAGUCUGCCAGCAGGGGGCAGCUUCUGCUGAGACCUCGGUGCUUCAAAGCUCUCCGGAUGUUCUCUUGUCAGACAAGCAGGUAAUGGAGACUAUACAGUGGCUCUCAAACUUUUUUUAUAAGCUUCGGUUAUCCACGUUGGACUUUAAAAGUUUUGGUUUAUUCUCAAAAUGGAGUCCUUACAUGGCAGAUAUGAAGACACUCUUGGGCUACCUUGUAAAAAGACUGCUUGACUCAGAAAUGGCCUGCUUGGCCCAAGAUCCAUCUGCCAGCAGCAAAACAGUGCUAAGAUCCCUACAUUCAGUAAUCGUCCAGCUCUUUAAGCCAUGGAUACUGGUUUUAGAGGACAAUGAAAGCAGCCAACGACAUUACCCCUGGCUGGAGAGUGAUGCUGUGGUGGCCUCAAGCAUCGUGCAGUUGUUCACUGAUUGCAUUGACUCAUUGCACGAGAGUUUUAAAGAUAAGCUCUUGCCUGGUGAUGACGGAGCCCUUCGGUUACACCUGAUACAUUAUUGUGAAGCAUGUACAGCACCCAAAAUGCCAGAGUUCAUUCUGUAUGCUUUUCACAGUGCCUACCGGAAACUCCCGUGGAGGGACCUGCAUCCUGACCAGAUGCUCAUGGAGGCCUUCUUCAAGGUGGAACGAGGAAGUCCCAAGAGCUGCUUCUUGUUUUUGGGGUCUGUCCUUUGUGAAGUCAACUGGGUCAGUGUGCUCUCUGAUGCCUGGAAUCCCAGUCCCCACCCAGAGACCCGGAGCAUGAUUGUCUGCCUCCUUUUCAUGAUGAUUUUAUUGGCAAAGGAAGAUCAACUGGUGGAUCAAACAGAUUCUCCUCUACUUACUCUCCUUGGACAGACAAGCUCACUCUCGUGGCAUCUUGUGGAUAUUGUGUCAUAUCAGAGUGUGCUAGGUUAUUUCAGCAGCCAUUACCAGCCAUCCAUCAUCCUGGCAAAGGAAUCUUCUGCUGAGUUAAUUGUGAAGCUCCUAAAAGUGUCUGCAGGUCUUUCCAUUCCUACUGGCAGCCAGAAACACCUUGAUGCAGUUCAAAAAUGCCGAGCCUUCACUCAUCAGAUGGUACAAUUCCUCAGCUCCCUGGAACAAAAUGGAAAAAUCACGUUAGCAGUCCUUGAACAGGAAAUGUGUAAGCUCUUGGAUGAUAUCAUUGUUUUUAAACCACCUGAUCUGGACAGCCAGACCCGCCACAUGGCCCUCAGCAGCCUAUUUAUGGAAGUCCUGAUGAUGAUGAACAACGCGACUAUCCCAACAGCAGAGUUCCUCCGAGGCAGUAUCCAGACCUGGAUUGGGCAGAAAGUGCAUGGGCUGGUGGUUCUGCCCCUGUUAACAGCCGCCUGCCAGAGCCUGGCUUCCGUCCGCCACAUGGCCGAGACGACGGAAGCCUGCAUCACUGCUUACUUCAAAGAGGGCUCCCUCAAUCAGAAUUUAGGUUGGGGCCCCAUUCUGGUGUCCCUUCAAGUUCCCGAGCUCACCAUCGAAGAGUUUCUGCAGGAGUGCCUGUCCCUUGGCAGCUACUUGACUCUCUAUGUCUACUUGCUUCAGUGUCUAAAUAGUGAGCAGACGCUAAGGAACGAAAUGAAAGUGCUGCUUCUCUUAAGCCAGUGGUUGGAACAGGUGUAUCCAAGCUCUAUGCAGGAAGAAGCAAAGCUGUUUUUGUGGUGGCACCAAGUCCUGCAGCUGUCCCUGGUUCAGACUGAGCAGAAUGACUCGGUCUUGACGGAGUCUGUCAUUCGAAUUCUGCUCAUGCUUCAGGCCCGUCAGAGCCUGCUGGCCGAGGAGAGGCUCAGUUCAGGGAUUCUCAGGGCAAUUGGGCUGGGCCGGAAGUCGCCCUUGUCUAACAGGUUCCGAGUGGCUGCCCGAGGCAUGGCUGCCUUUCUUUCAGUUCAGGUUCCCGCCAAGGAUCAGAUCCGUUUGAAGCCGGGCUCUGAAUUACACCUGACCCUGAAAGCUCAGCAGGCUCUGAAUGCUCUUGAAUCCUUGACAUCAAGUAAGCAGUACAUUGAAUACCAGGAUCAGAUAUUGCAAGCUGCACAAUUUAUAAAGCGUCCUGGCCAUUGCCUCCAAGACGGGAAAAGCUUCCUGGCUCUUCUUGUGAACUGUCUCUAUCCAGAAGUGCAUUAUUUGGACAACAUACGAUAG